AUGAUCGUUACAGAAAUGCGUUUAAUCAAUUGGGUAUGUAUGGUUGAGUCACCGCCCAUGUAUCUACAGUAUCUCUACUAUGGCCAUUCAUUUUUAUUUAAUUUGUUAAUAGUGUUAUUUUUGUAUUCAUCUAUAUUAAUUUAUUUACUAAAUUAAUGGAUGAUAUAAAUUGUUACAAAAACAUAGAUAGAGCAUAGGAUUGCCAUAAAAUGGGAAAUGGAAAUUUUAUUUUAAAAUUUGUACGGUGAAAAAAAAUUGUUCGCGAGAAAAUAUAAGAAAGAUUAAUCAGCGAAAAUAAAUGCUAUUAUAGUUUACUAAAACUGUUUAAAUCAAAAUUAUUAUCGAGAUAAUCGAAAAUAACUUUAAACGCCAGCUAUCUAAGACCUAUUAUAAUUUACGGACGUGUAACUUGGGCAAUUACGAUAGCUGACUAUUUCAAUACCUAUAGUUAACGUUCAGCCGCUGCCAAUGCUACUCGCGCUGCCGUAUUUACUCCUCAAAAUACUUCUGUGACAGCGUCGACGGCAGUGAGUGUUUACAUUGCCCUGCUGAUUAUAGUAGCGCGAGCAGCAAUCGGCCGGAUUGAUCGCGUUGCCGGUUAUGUUGCUGCUCGCGCUGUUCAGUUUACCGCCUCUUGACGGCAGCGUCAGUGCGAGUAGCAUGAUCAGCGCGAGUGACGUGUUUACAUACCCGCGCUGCCCAUUUUCACGCUCACUUCCCAAGCUCACGGCCACGGAAGUGGGCUGAAUGUAAACUAGGUAUAUGGUUUUUUUUUUUUUCCAAUCGUCGUACCUAGAUAAGAUCAAAUAUUAAUAGAAAAAAGUUCCGACGAUGACCAUAGGCGGCGCUCCACCCUAGUAAUAACGAAUUAUACAGUGAAGGACAUCGUGGCUUCUCGUCAGAAACACUGUGAUUUUACUGUAGUGCAUAAUAUUAUUUUACGCCGGAGAGUUAUAAAUGCGUUGUCGUAAAUAUGGAGAGGAGGCGUAGGUAGGCUUAGGCCCGUUCUCACAAACGUUGAUUUUCAAACCGAGUUUUUAUAAGAUAAUCGACCAACCGCGGUACUUGUCGAAACUCAACCGAGCCCACUCUAAAUCCAGUCAAUACUAAUACAGCGCUCACUUAUGCAUGAUAGAUAUUUCAGGGGCUCACACUUUUGGUACCGAGGACAAAUGACAAUACCGGGUUCAAUAGUAGUGCAUAUUGGACAUUAGGUAUAGGAAUCAACUACUUUUGAUAACAUUUAAUAUUUCACAACCAUUCCGCUGUGAGUAACCAACACUUAGAGAAAAUUUUAGGGAUCAGACGGGUAUUACCUGUUGAAAUCGUAACAAGGUUGAAGGCACAGGCUUCUCUAAGAAUAGAGCUGAUACCCAUUCAUCAUGUCCCAAAUGAAUUCGGAAGAAUCGAUUCGAGCAGUUGUCGAGCGCUCUUAAAAAGACUAUUUUCCGGGUCUAGUGUGUUAGUUGUUUCAUAAAAACCGUGACCGUCGACCGACCAUACGGGGAUUAUCAGCAACAAUUCCGACAUUUGAGACUGUCGAUCACUUCGAGUCACGUGCGAAACCAUUGGAAAAUCAAAAAUUGUGGAAAGUUCUGGGAUGCAAACGAGAGUUUUGGUACUAUUCACGUGCGGUUCGAAGCAUUACUGGCCGUAAAGCGACAUCCGGCGGUAUGCUCGGAAACUAAUAACGUUUUGAGAGAUCUGUAAAAAAAAGUAAACCGGUAGAGUAAAAGUAAUCAUUUUUUCGUUAUUAUCACUUUGUGGUUAUGUAAUAAUUUAGAAUUAUUUCAAAUUUUUCUCAGUAAUAAAACUCGGUCUAGACCUUCGAUUAUAAUGUCAUAUAACAUAAUUUAUAUGAUUAAAACUCUCAAACAAACCCGAAUUUCAACGUUUUAAGUUUUUACUUAAAUACCUAAGAUACGAAUAAUGAUGCGAAACAUGCGUAAAUACUAAAUUGUGUCUAAUGUUUUUUGCGAACGAAUCGUUUCAUUUUUUUUUUUUAAUUAUUAAUUCCCUUAUCGCGUUCAGUGCCUACCUAAUUAUUAUUUAUAAUUUACUUUGCACUAACCUCGGGAAUACAUUUUAAAUUUUAAUUCUUUUUCAAUUAUUAGUUACUCCAAUUAUGAAUUUACUUGUUUUAUUAAUUUAAACAUCUAUUAGUAAAUAUUAGUUCUCUACAAUGAUUUUUCUGGUAAUUUUAAUUGGUUGUAUUUAUUUGACAAAUUACUCGUACUUAUUCUAUAUCUAAUGGUGUUGUUUUUGUAGAGAUUUUCAAAGAGUAUUGGCACAAAACUAAAGUUACCUGUUCAUGUUUACUAUUUAACCUUAUUGACUGAAGGCAGAAAAACAGUAUGUGGUAAUCUGUCAUUAUUGUCAAAUAUAAGAUUUACACGAUGUUGUUCGAUGAACAGCAAAGUCCUGAUUACUGAAACAUCAAAGCCAGUUGAUCAGGACCAACCAAAGAACAUAGUUAGUAGCACAAUUGGACCAUAUUUAGACCUAAUGCGAUUCUCUAGGCCUACUGGUUGGUACGCUGUAUUUUAUAAAAAUAUGAUUGCUUACAAUUGCUUGGUUUUCAGGAUGGUUGCUUUUAUAUUGGCCUUGCACAUGGAGCAUUGCCUUGGCCUCAGCUGCAGGGGAUCUUCCAAAUUUUGAAAUGCUCGGGUUAUUUGGUGUUGGAGCUAUCAUAAUGCGAGGUGCUGGUUGUACGAUAAAUGAUAUGUGGGAUAAAGAUAUUGAUAAAAAAGUAAGCUCAUUAUAAUGUAAAGUUUAUUAUUUAAUUUACAAAUAAUAUUUUCUUAUAAUAAAUUAUGCAAACAUAAUAUUAUUAGUGUCAUGACUAACGAAAGACCAAGUGUUCAUUAAACACUCAGUGAAUAGUUUACAUAUACAGUUAUAAGGGCUAUAAGCUACACAUGUAUUAUAUAUAAUACAUUGUUUGUUCUCAUAAUAGAAGUUAUUUUAUUGAUAGAUGUAGCAUUUAUCUAAUAAUCCUGGCUAUAAUGUGGUGAUCAUUUUUGUUUAAAAUGUCUUCCAAAUUUGAAUACCUUAUACAUUUUUUAAACCACUGCCUAUACGUAUUUUGAAAGUAAUUGUAUUUACUUGACUAAAAAUAAUUUUUAAAAUAAAAUAAUAUUAAAAAAAAGUACUGUUGGUUUUGAAAAAUAGAAAUGGUGUUUCCUUAUUUAGGUUUUUUAUUUUUUUAAAUUAUUUUAGGAUUAAAUUAUAUUUUAUUGGUUUUAUUUAGUCAAUAUAUUUUCUAACUAUAUUAUUAUACAUUUAUAUUUACUCUUGUUUCAAAAGAGAACAUAUCAGACUGCAACUGAGUUUCAUCCUAUAAUCGCAUUUCCAAUUGCCCUAAAGUCCAACUCAAUAUAUGUUUUUGAUCGUUCUACUACCUAUCAGUGUUGUACAGAACUGGUAUAUUCUAUUUUGAAACAUUAAUAGGUACCUAUAUAAUGUAUAUGUAGUUUAAUAAAACAUAUUGAUUUAAUUCUAAUAUUGAAAUAUGAUUGAAUACAAUUUUAGACAAAACCUAUUAAGUAUAAAGUUACUUACAUUUAAUUAAUUGCAUAUUGUAAUAUUUUCUUCUAUUAUGUAUUUUAUUUUACUAGAACAAAUUAUGUAUGUAUUUUAAUUUGAUUUAUUUAACAUUUAGUAAUAUUUUUGGUUGCAUAAAAUAUUUGCAAAUAUAAUGUACAAUAGUGAGUAAACAUUUUUAGGUUGACAGAACAAAAAACCGACCACUUGUCAUUAAAUCAUUAAGCAUGCUUGAUGCAUGGGUGUUCCUUGGUGGUCAGUUGGGGAUCAGUCUUAUCAUUUUGUUGCAGUUAAAUUUGUAUACUAUUGCUGUUGGUGCUAGCUCUUUAGGUAAGCCUGAUUUCACUCAUUAUUAGUGUUUGACAAAAAAAUUGUAUUAUGUUUAUGUAUAUGUAUUAUUAAUAAAUUAUUUAUUCAAAAGUUGUUAGUUUGUAUUGUGUUGAGAGAAUAAUAACUUCCAAGCUUAUGUAUCUUUUUAUCAGUAGCACAACCCAUUUUCAUUUUCGUAGUUAGGGGUAAAAAUUUCAAAUAAAUUUCUUGACAGAUUUUUGGUUUAAUAAAUAGGUGACUUGCACUAUAUAGAUGUAUAUAACAUUACAAGAAAAUGUCUGUAAUUUUAAAAUAAAUUAUGAAAUUAUAAGUGUUAUGUGUAAUUUGUAAAAUAAACUUUAAAUUUCGCGGGAGGGGGAGUUAUACCUCAAACCUCUUUUAUCUGGUUGUACUGCUGCUCUUUAGGAUUCAUAAUAUACUUUUUACAAGUAUAUUACAAAAUAUUGGUAAUUAUUUAAAAUAACAGUCUGUUUUUAAUAUUGUACAUAAAUAAUGUACAUUGUAUAGUAGUUGGAUUUAAUCCAAUUUUUGCGCGUGAUUAAAAAAAAAAAUUAAUAUAAGGAAGUACAUAUGCUACAUACUUGAUGUUAAUAUAUACUUGACAUGUUGAAAUUGCACUUCUAAUGGAUCUUUCCCAUAGGAAAUAUAAUAUUAUAAAAACUAAUUUAUUAGAGAUACUAAUAUUUAUAAAUAAAAAAAGUUAUAGAAAAUAACUCAAUUAUUAAUAAAACUGAUAUUUAUUAAUAAACUAGUAUUUACUAAUAUUAACAAAUUGUUCAUCUAUUUAUUUAGUAUUUAUGAUUAUUAUGUCUAUACCGUUGUAUUAGUUGUUGAUUAAAAUUAUCAUUAAUUAUUGUAAAAAUGUUAAACAAUUGUUUACUAUUUGUUUACUUAAUGAUUUGCUUAUUAAAAAAGAAAAAUACUUGAUUAGUGUUCUAUUUCUUUAAUGUAAUCCAACAUGUCAUAAAUUGACAGUCUUUAUGAAGUCAAAAUGUGGCUUAGAAUUUAAAAAACUAUUAAGAGUUAUUUCCAAUAUUUAUGUAUAUUAUGUAAAAACAAAUUUAUACACCAUAAUUUUAUCAUAUACUUGUUUGCCGCAUUAGUUUAUAAUGGUUAGUUAUAUUUCUUAAAAAAUAUAUUAAGUAACAAAAUUUUUAGGUACAGAAAUAAUAAUUAUAACAUAAUUUAAAUUUGUUUGUUUCAGUAUUAGUCACAUUAUAUCCACUUAUGAAACGAAUAACAAACUGGCCACAAUUUAUAUUAGGCUUAACCUUUAAUUGGGGAGCUCUAUUGGGUUGGUCAGCAAUUCACUCUACAAUCGAUUUCACUGCCUGUUUACCAUUGUACGCAGCAGGUGUUACAUGGACACUUUUCUAUGAUACAAUUUAUGGUCAUCAAGUAAUUUAUUUAUGAAUUUACAAUCUUUGGUGGUCUUUUUGAGAAUAGGUAAUAAUACAUUUAUAAUAUAUAUACAGGACAGAAAAGAUGACAAAAAGCAUAACAUUUUGUCCACUGCUGUUCUUUUUGGAUCAAAAUCAAAAUUGUGGUUGACAUCUUUUGCAACCAUGUCGUUGGGUAGUUUAAUAACAUGCGGUAUCUCUACGGGUCAAACAUGGCCUUACUAUUUAGCUAUUAGUGCUGCGGGUGCUCAUAUGUUUAAUCAAGUAAAUUAAACAUUCAAUUUAUUAUUAAGAUUUGUUGAAAAUAAAAACCGGUAUUAUUUUCUGUUUUUAUGGAAUUAGGUAUACACAUUGGACAUAAAUAAUCCCAAAGAUUGCAGUGCUAAGUUUGUGUCUAACAACCAUGUCGGUUGGAUUAUGUUUCUGGGAAUUGCAUUGAGCACAUUAUUAAAAACAUCAAAUGAUAAUGAUGAAAGUGAAAACAAUAAUUUGAAAUCAAACUAUUGA